GAACUAUUAGGUACAUACCUAAUAUUUAAUGAACAAUACCCGCCUAUUUCUGAUGUAGAAGCUUAUUCAAGGCAAAUUUUACAGCGAGGCGUUCCAACUAAUGGAUGCCACACAGCCAUAUACCGCCGUACUCUCUUCCAACCCUAUAUUCUAAGACCAAUCAGCACUCUUCUCUUAUAAAUACAACAUCUCCAAAUUUGCAGAUUCUCUCGCCAACAUGUCCAGUCUCGCCAAAUGGAGGAUCGAAUUGAUUUCGACGGAUGAUAAAGGAUGCCAUUUUUAUCUCGACCAGUACAAACCAUUCAGGCUAGCCGCCUUAAAACAAGAUCCAGAUGCUUUCGGUUCGACUUACGAUAGGGAAGUCAACUUCACUAAAGACGACUGGCUUAGCCGCAUAAAGAACCCUCUAGCUAAGACAUUCGUGGCCGUGCGGCCACACGAUGGAAGGGUCCUGUCCGCUACGUCAUUAAUUGGACCUUUGCCGAACCCUGACCCAUCAAGCAAUCCGCUUCAAGUCAGUACCGAAAUGAGGGAUGGUGACGAUCAACACCACAAUUAUGGCAAUGCCCAGGUCUCACCACUAUCAUUUCAGGUUUCUGGUGUCUACACCACACCGGAAGCUCGAGGCCACGGCCUCGCAAAGGCGUUGAUCAAGACCGCAUCGGAGCAGGCCAUCAACUCCGCGAAGGGCCAGGACAGGCAGCUCUUAUUGAGUGUCGUCGUAUAUGCAUCAAACAAUGCCGCAAUAGCGCUCUACAAGAGUUGCGGCUUUAUAGUCGACGAGGGAGGACCAAAGAGUUCAUUCAAUCCUCAUAAGGAAUCAUCCUUCGAAGAAUUAGUUAUGCAUUAUCACGAACUCCAUCGGUCUCCUGAAUGACGGAUAGCGAAGAGCAGAUAGCGAAUUUUACACAGCAUUUCUCCCCUUUUAACAUUAACAUAAAGAAUUAUGAGGAAAAUAAAAUGAAGAUUACCCCAGAGAUCUUCUCAAGAAACUCCACCUUUCGUUGACCUAACCGUCCAUCCCAGCCAACUACAGACGAUGCCCUACCAGCGCAGUCUUGGCACCAUGUUCAAAGAGGCAGCUUGUGACGUCUGCGCUCGCAGGAUUGGCUCGCCGCGACCCGAACUAAUUAAAUGAUCGCCCUGGCUCACGCACCGAAACCGACUGAGAUUAUCCUCUGGCAGGUCGACGACCCUAGCUCGCGAUGUUUCACACUAUGAAAUUCGCCCGCGAGGG